AUGUGUCGAUCAAGUCUGACCUUUGUUGAGAAUUUCCCUGCGUUUGCGCCGGGCGCCUCCAACACUGGCCGCUGGAUCUACGAUUGGCCAGGGCGGCGCUCAAUCUUCAUGCAUGGCGACGGACAGCACAACAACUUUUGCGCGUGCGCUGACAAGGCAACCACAGCCGCGUGCCACCUUCACUUCAUGAGCGACGGCACGAUGUGGGCUCGCUUCCCAGCCACCGGCCGCUGUUGCAAAGUGUGUGACGCAGGCGCCGGCUGCUCGACGAUCCGCCCGGACUGGCUACUCGACGCGACCUACCUGGGCGACGAAGAACAUGACGGGCGCAUGUGCGAGACCUGGGCCAAGCCCGGUGCGGUCGCGCUGGAUGUCUGGUCGCAGGGCAAAGAUGACGGGCGAGCGUGCCAGUACAGAGAGCGUUUCAACUUCACGGGCAAGCCGAUUUGGCACUACCUCAACUUCAGUUCCUGGGUGGCCGGCGCCAUCGACGAGACGGCCUUUGCGCUGCCCUCUGCGUGCAAGGAUGUGUGCCCAGCGCAGUACCCGGGCCACUGCGGCUGA